AUGGCAGAAGAACUCAAUACAUCUGACCGUAGCAUCCGCCGCAUACUGAAAAAUGAUCUCAAGGUCAAGCCUCAUAAGAUCCAAAAGGCACAUGAUCUUACGUCGAAGCAGCAGCAAGUGAGACUUCAGAGAGCUAAGGAGUUGCUUUGCCUGGCCGAGAGUGGUAAAUUUCCGAACAUUGUGUUUUCCGACGAGAAAAUUUUCAUAAUUAAGCAAUUCGCACACUCUCAAAACGAUAGGGUUUACUUGACUGAACGUUCAGACAAGAAUUUGAGCCAUCGACUGGCCACCAGGAGGCAACACCAGCCACAGAUAAUGGUUUGGCCCGCUGUAAACGCAGAUGGGCGAUCUCCAAUCGUUUUCAUCGAGCCUGGCGUCAAGGUAAAUGUGCGAUAUCAUCGGGAAAGUAUUCUGAAGCUUGCUUUGAAGCCAUGGGCAGAUCAACAUUUCGGUGGCAGACCAUGGACGUUUCAACAGGACUCGGCACCGUAUCAUAAAGCUUGA